GACAACAAGGAUAAACAAGAGAAGACAGACAUCAUGUCCAAGAUGGACACUUCUGACAAGAAAGUGGAGCAGCAGAAGAAAGACACUGCCCCCGACAAGAACCAGCAAUCUGAGAAAAUCCUGAAAGACGAGGAGAAGACGGAGAAGCUGAAUGCUGAGAAAAACAACGAGAAGGCGGAGAAGGUGGACAAACCGGAGAAGACCAACAAAGAUGAGAAGAAGGAAGAAGAGAAGAAGGCGGUGGAGAAGAAGGAGGAGGAAAGGAGGGAAAGAUCCGGCCAAGUCUCCGACCGGCAACGGAGGCAAAACUCUGCAAGACAACAAGAGCAAGCCUGAUGCGGGUUCAGCCAAACCAAACUCCCGCCCAUCCACCCUCUCCACCAAUGGCGAGGCCAACUCGGCCAA